CGUCUAUGUUGAUGUGUCGUGAUUUUCCAAUAUAAAAUUUUAAUAUUUUGGAGUUUAUGAAAUAAAAACGUUAAUUCUUUACUUAUUUUUGUUAUUUAAAUACUACGAAAUAUAUUCCAUCCAUCAAUGAUACAGUCAUGGAAGAUAGGAUCAUGGAAUCGAGCAGUUCUGCGUUUGGCGAUAUGGAUGGCGACCACACAAAGAGUAUUAUACACAUCGACAUAGAUUGCUUCUACGCUCAAGUGGAGAUGGUGCGAGACCCCGAACUGCGGUCGGUACCACUGGGCAUCCAACAGAAAAACAUUGUAGUGACCAGCAACUACGAGGCCAGGAAGUACGGCGUCCAAAAAUGCAUGCUCGUGACUGAAGCUUUAAAACUUUGUCCGAAUUUAAAACUAGUAAAUGGCGAGGACUUACAUGACUACAGGGCAGCUUCAAAUAAGGUUUUUGCAAUUUUACAACAUUGGAAAUGUCCAGUUGAGAAGCUGGGCAUGGAUGAGAAUUAUAUUGAUGUCACAAACAUAGUACAGGAGAGGUUAAGAAGUGUAAACAUGGACAGUGUUUCAAUCAGUGGUAAUUUAUGUGAAGAACCCAGUAUAGAGUGCCCUUGUGGUUGCCACACGAGACUGAAAGUAGCAUCACAAGUGGCUAGUGAGGUGAGGAAGAAAAUAUUUGAUGAAUUAAGCUUUACAACAUGUGCUGGAAUUGCACAUAACAAAUUGUUGGCAAAACUUGUCUGUCCACUACAUAAGCCCAAUGACCAAACCACCAUAUUCCCAGAGCAUGCAGCCAGUUUCAUGGCCACAUUGCCAAGUGUCCGAUCCAUUCCAAGCAUUGGUUCCAAAACAACUGAAACAUUAAUUUCUCAGAAAAUAUUGAGUGUGAGUGAUCUCCAGCAAGCAUCAUUAGAUGUGUUGAAAAAACACUUCAGCAGUGACAUGGCAGUUAGACUGAAAAACUUAAGUUUAGGGGAAGAUAAUACUCCAGUAAAACAAACCGGGAAGCCUCAGAGCAUUGGUCUAGAAGAUAGUUUCCGGACUGUAAGUGUUAAGAGUGAAGUGGAGGAAAAAUUUUCAGCAUUACUCCAGCGGUUGCUGGUGUUGGUGAGAGAAGAUGGACGUAUACCAGUUUCCCUCCGAGUUACAUUGAGAAAGAAAGAUGCUAAGAGACUGAGCAGCCACAGAGAAUCAAGACAAUGUCAGAUCUCACCAUCCAUCUUCACCAUCACAAAUGGCACACUUACUGUAACAGAGGCUGGCCAACAGAAACUUAUGACCAUUAUCAUGAGAUUGUUCAACAAACUCAUUAAUCUGUCUAAACCAUUCCAUUUAACGCUGGUUGGGCUGGCGUUCACCAAGUUCCAAGAGCGCAUGACUGGCAGAAGUUCUAUUGUUAACUACUUGAUGAAUGACAUCUCUGUCCAGUCAGUGCUCAACUUGCAGAAUGACUGUGACACCUCCACUACAUCCAUGGACUACUCAGCUGUGUCCCCAAGCAGCAGCACUACAACUGAUCUCUCUGAUGCUGAAGUGGAACCCUCACCCAAGAAGCCUAAAAAAGUAAACUGGAUUGCUAAAAGGAGGUGUUUAGCAAAGGAAGAAGUAGCAUCACCAAGUAAGUUGAAAGUGGGUGAGCUGAGAUUAAAUUCUAAGGAGCUAGAGAAGGUAUCAGAACUGAGACUGAACUCAAGAGACAGGUCCUUGACUCCGCGGGCCAGCCCUGCUAAGGAAUGUCUCUCAGAUGCCUCAGACUCUAUGAAGGAUGUAGCAGAGGGAGGUAACUGUGAAGAAUGCCCCAGCUAUGUUGACCAAGAUGUGUUCAGUGCUCUCCCAGAGGAGAUGCAGCAGGAACUCAAGACCAUGUGGAAGAAUCCCUCCAGCUCCAGCAUGCCACGGAGUAGCCAGAGAACGAACAAACCUAAACCGAACACAAUUUUGAAAUAUUUUGUUCCACACAAAUAGUAUUAGUAAGAUUUUAUCUUGUUAAUUAUUUUAAGUGAUAAGUGAAUGGUUUCUAUUUUUUCAAAUCAUACAGUUUUUAUUCAGCUGAUCAAAUACAUGUUUAUGUUAAAA